CCGUCAAAAGAACAGAAAUGUCAUUAUUUACUGUGUUGUGUUCCUGAUUUCGAUUUGUUUUCAUUUAUUUUUACGACUUAUUUAGGAAGUAAAACGUUAUAUUAUCUCUAUGAAUUAAAAAAAUGGUUAUAUCACAUUAUAGAAAACAAUUAAAAUAAAGUAAUAAACAUGGCGGCAGCCUUUCAACAACAAAUAUUUGCUUUAGACGCUCGCUUCAAUGCUUACAGGGCUCCGAAUAAUCCCAACUUCAAAACCUUGUACAUACGACGACGCAGCCAAUUGCUGAGGGAGAAUGCUAAAUUCAAAGACAUAGAGACCAUAAAGAAGUACCUGCACGUCCGGAGCCAGCUGCUGCAGCGCCGCUAUGGUGUCCAAGACAAUAUAUCAAUCAGCUCAGCUUCCUCACGCCAAAGAUCUAGCAGUAAGGCAAGUCUGGCACUUGAUGACUUCCCUCAGAGCUCCAACAACAAAAAGAAAAAUGAAAUGUCGAUAUCAGAGAACUAUGCAUUCACUGGAGUACACCAUAUUUUUGACCAGCACUCUGAGCAAGUGAGUGUAGUGAAGUUUGCCAACAACGACCGUUCAAAACUGGCGUGCGCGUCACACGACGGGUCCGUCUCCAUCUGCGACGUGACGGCGUCCCCGCCGCGCGUCAGCUUCGUGCUGGAGGGACACACGCAGCCCGUCACAGGCUGCGACUGGUCGGCGUCCAACGAGCUGGUGGUGUCGGUGGGGCUGGACGGGCUGCUGGUGGUGUGGGACGUGGCGCGGCGCGCGCGCCUGCGCGCCGUGCAGGACCAGAUGCGCGCGCCGCUGCUGGCAGUCGCGUUUCAGCCCGCCAAUAACAAUAUGGUCAUUGCAGGCAACGCGAAGGGGAUGGUGGAAGUGUUGAACGUGUCCACAGGAAUAUACCCGAGAGGCGGGAGCAGCAUUCUGGGCGGGCGAGUACUUUCGAUAGCCUGCGAAUCGAGCGGGCGAAUGUUUUGGGCUGCUAACGACAAGGGCGUGAUAGUGAGCUACCGCCUGGAGGGCGCCGGGGGAGCGCUGAGCAAGCUGCGCCGCUGCUGCGUGGACGGCGCCGUGUCCUGCCUCAGCUGGAGCCCCUGGCUGGCGCGCCAUCCCGCGCUGCUCGCCAGCGCGGCCACCGACACGCUCUACCUGUUCCGGAUCGCGGAUCGCGACGGCACCCUGGCUCUGAAGAAGCGAUUCUCCACCAUGCACCGCGAGCACAGCGUCAAGUCGACCUUCUGUCCCAUCAUGUCGUUCCGGCGCGGCGUGUGCGUGGUGACGGGGAGCGAAGAUGCCACCGUCUACUUUCUGGAUAUCGAGGGGACUUCCAACCAGCCCGUGGUUAAUAAGUUGCAAGGACACGCGUCUCCGGUGCUGGGCGUCAGCUUCAGCUACGACGAGAGCCUGCUGGCCACCAGCGACGCCUCCGGCCUCGUCAUCAUCUGGCGGCGACCAUGACUUCAUACUACAGUGCUCGAGUCCCCAACGGUGUCCCACCACCAACAAUAACCGAGGAGAUAUGAUUGAUGACAGAUGCAACGAAGUGACGUGAUCAUUUCCAUACACUUACUUAAGUUUCGUUUGACUCAAGCCAAGUGCUUUCUAUAAACGAUCAAGCACUUGGCUAGGUUCCCUGUGACAUUCGGAAACCCAUUCAAUCGUUUACCUUCUUCUCGUGCAAUAAAUUCCAAAUUCUACUUUUUCACCAAUGUCACCUGUGGUUGUGGUUACCGAUCUCUCCCACAGUUUCUAAACCAAGCAGAGCUAUUUCAUGGCAACACUAUACUCGUUGCGAAUUAUAUUUGUUCCAGAAACCGAAAUUAACAAUGUUUGAAAAUGUAACGGAACUAAAUAUCACUAUGAACAUAUUAUAAACCAAGUCCCUCGCCGUGUGUCUCUCUGUCUGUAUGUCCGCGAUAAACUCGAAAACGACUGAACAAAUUUUCAUGCGGUUUUCACCUAUCAAUAGGGUUUUAUGUAACCCGUGCGAAGCCGGGGCGGGUCGCUAGUUGUACUUAAUGCUUAUGAUGACUUUAUACAUCUGUAACUAAAACUAUAUAUUUAACAUUCCUGAUUGAUUAUAUAGAAAUUGAAUCUCAAAAAUGUAUUAAUUGGGUUGACAUUAUUUAAUGUAGUUAUAUAAGAUAAGAUGUAUUGAUUUAAAUAAAAGGCUUAUAUUGA